GGGCGGGGGGGCGAUCGCGGCGGCGGCAGCGCGGCCAUGAAGACUCCGGCGGACGCAGGGUUCGCGUUCCCAGAGUGGGCGUACAAGGCCGAGUCCAGCCCCGGCUCGCGGCAGAUCCAGCUGUGGCACUUCAUCCUGGAGCUGCUGCGGCAGGAGCAGUACCGCGAGGUCAUCGCCUGGCAGGGCGACUACGGCGAGUUCGUCAUCAAGGACCCCGACGAGGUGGCGCGGCUCUGGGGGGUGCGCAAGUGCAAGCCCCACAUGAACUACGACAAGCUCAGCCGCGCCCUCAGGUAUUACUACAACAAGCGGAUCCUGCACAAGACCAAGGGCAAGAGAUUCACCUACAAAUUCAAUUUUAACAAAUUAGUGCUCGUUAAUUACCCCUUCAUCGACCUGGGGCUGGCAGGCCCCCCCCUCCCUCAGAGCGCCCCCCCCCUCCCCACGGGCGCCUCCCACUUCCGCUUCCCCCCCCUGCCCGGCCCCUCCCCCCCCGACGGCCUCUCCCCCCCGCCCCUCCCCCACGCCCCGCGCUCCCCCGUCAUCGGAGGGGGCGGGGCCGGCUCGGCAGGGGGCGGUCCCUCGCUUUUGGCCCCGCCCCUUCCGCCCUCGCCCUUCCCCCACCGCCGCCUGGGCUCGCUCAGCGACGGCUCCGAGGAGCCCGAGGAGCCCCCCCCGCCCCUCCCCCACGCCCCCCGCCACGCCCCGCCCCCGCUGCCCCUCCCCCCGCACCGCGAGCCCGGCGGGGGGGGCGGGGGCGGCUUCCGGCCCCUCCCCCCGCCGCACCCCCCGCCCCGCCUGACCCCCGAGGGGCUGUUCCGCCUCUACCCCUCCCCCCUCCGCGAGCCCCCCCUCAGCCCCUUCGCGGGGGGAGGGGGAGGGGGCGGCGGGGGGGGAGGGGGAGGGGGCGGCGGGGGCGGGGGAGGGGCGGGCGGGCUCCUCCCCCCUCCGCUGAGCCCCGCCCUCCCGCUCAGCCCCCCGCCCCAUUUGGGGUACGCCCCCUCCCCCACGCUGAGCCCGCUGCUGGGGGGCGGGGCAGGGGGCGGGGCGGGGGCGGGGUCUCAUUUCUCCUUCUCGGCCGAGGACCUGCAGCGCGCGCUGGCGGCGCAGGCGCGGAGCGUGCUCAGCUACCACCUGAGCCCGCGCGCCUUCCUGCCCUGCCCCCCGCCCGCGCUGCUGCUGCGCCCCGCCCCCGCCACGCCCCCCGACCCCGCCCCCUCCGCCCCCGCCGCCGCGCACGGCCACGCCCCCUCCUCCGACCCCGCCCCCGCCUUCCCCUUCAAGCUCCAACCGCCCCCCCCGGGCCGGAGGCACCGCAACAACCCCGCCCCCCAGGCCCCGCCCCCUUCCACGUCGUCAUCGUCGUCGUCAGCGUCGUCGUCGACGUCGUCGGUGGGGGGCGGGGCGGCGGCGGAGCCCCUCCCCCACAUCAAGGUGGAGCCCGAGGAGGAGGAGGAGGAGGCGCUGGAGGUGGCGGCGCUGAGCGAGGAGGAGGAGGAGGAGGAGGAGGGGGAGGAAGAUGAGGUGUUCGCCCCCGCCCCCAUCAGCAGCACAGGCCCCGCCCCCUCAAACAGCAGCGUGGGGGGAGGGGCUGCAGGGGAGGGGGCGGGGCCGGCGGGCCGCCCCUCCCCCCCCCGCGUGCCGCUCAAGCUGCGCUUCAAACGGCGCUGGAGGGAGGGGGGCGGGGCUGGGGGCGGGGCUGGGGGCGGGGCCGGCCCCUCCUCCUCCUCCCCCCGCGCGGACCCCCAGCUGCUGGGUGGGGGAGGGGAGCUGCAGCGCGCCACGGCCCAGCUGUCAUUGGAGUCCUAAUGGGGGAGGGGGCGGGGCCAGGGGGAGGGGGCGGGGCAAAGGGGGAGGAGCGGCACCGACCCCGCCCCCCCCACCCAAAACCCUUGAGAGAGCCUUAAUGAGAGGGGGGAGGGGCAAAGCUGCCUGACCACGCCCCUCCCCCCCAUCCCCCAACCCCCCCGCUGUGUGGGGGAGGGGUUCAGUGCAGGGAAAGGGGGGAGGGGCCAGCGCAAGCCCCGCCCCCAACGAAACUUUCGGGCGGCCUUGGA